AUGGCAUUCUCCUCUCGACAUGGUGUCGUUCCGACGGCGCCUUUCAGCUCGCGACCGCCAAGCCCUCCUGCCAUCAAAAUACCUACUCCGAUCCUCCCUAAUGCCAACGAGCCCAUCAAGAUCCUGCCGAGCUACGAGAAUGUCGAUCCCGCCUCCCUGAGUGUAGAGGACCUCGAGAUCAUCACGCAGAACCGAAAGGAACAGCUCGCCCACGAUUCCGCUAUCAAUUGGACCUAUUCCAGCCGCCGCCUCGCCCAGCCGGUCCUCGACUUCCUCUACCUCGGCCCCUCGAACGUGGCGCGAGACCGCAAGUGGCUCCGCGAGACUGGAAUCACCAUGCUCCUAGCCGUACGAGACGCCAAGAUGGCCAGCAUGCGUCUGCUCGAUGUCGACACCCUCGCAAAGGAGCUCGGUAUCCAGGCCGGGUACGUAGACAUCACCGGCUAUCACGAGCUGGUCCGCGCUUUUCCCUUGGCCAUUCGGAUGAUCAACGACCACAUACUCAACAUCUACCGCAGCCAAGCUUUGAACCGCGGCGUCACGCAAGUUCUCCCGGCAAGCAUGAUGGUCGACACGGUAAAUUUCCGACGGGGUAAGGUUCUUGUGUUCUGCGAGACGGGAAAUGACCGCUCUGCCAGCGUUGUGGUCGCGUACCUCAUGUCUGUUCUAGGAAUGGACCUGGUCCGGGCCUGUCAGUUUAUCCACUUCAAGCGCUUCUGCAUCAGCCUGGAAGAUGAAAUCAAGCAGCGGCUGAAGACGUAUGAGGACAUUCUUCUCGCGGAGCGUACCGUGCACCGCCACCAGCUCAGCAACAGUUUAGGCGGACCUAGCAAGCCGAAAAGAAGCAUCGAGGACGCCAUGGAUAUCGACAACGCAACCGGAGGGGCCGCAGGGGCUGCCGUGCUGGAUCUGGACCGCUUUGCAUAUCGGCAAACGUUAGCCCCCUUCGUCGACAUCAAGGAGGAUGGUGUAGAGUAA